UUCGUUUGCGCCGGUCUGUGGCGUAAGGAGUGGCGGCGCUUUAGGCCUUGAGAGAUCUCUCCACGUCUCUGUGGUGGCUUAGGCGCCAUGAGCUCUAUCGGAACCGGGUAUGAUCUGUCAGCCUCGACGUUCUCUCCUGAUGGAAGAGUUUUUCAAGUUGAAUAUGCUAUGAAAGCAGUGGAAAACAGUAGUACAGCUAUUGGAAUCAGAUGUAAAGAUGGUGUCGUCUUUGGUGUAGAAAAAUUAGUCCUUUCUAAACUUUAUGAAGAAGGUUCUAACAAACGCCUCUUUAAUGUUGAUCGACACGUUGGAAUGGCAGUAGCAGGUUUGCUAGCAGAUGCUCGUUCUUUAGCAGACAUAGCUAGAGAAGAAGCCUCCAACUUCAGAUCUAACUAUGGCUAUAAUAUUCCACUAAAGCACCUUGCAGACAGAGUAGCUAUGUAUGUACAUGCUUAUACACUCUACAGUGCUGUCAGACCUUUUGGUUGCAGUUUCAUGUUAGGGUCUUACGGUGCGAAUGAUGGAGCACAACUCUAUAUGAUUGACCCAUCAGGUGUUUCUUAUGGUUAUUGGGGAUGUGCCAUUGGUAAAGCCAGGCAAGCAGCAAAAACAGAGAUAGAGAAACUCCAGAUGAAAGAAAUGACUUGUCGAGAUGUUGUUAAAGAAGUUGCAAAAAUAAUCUAUAUAGUCCAUGAUGAAGUUAAGGACAAAGCUUUUGAACUGGAGCUCAGUUGGGUUGGAGAAGUAACCAAAGGCAGGCAUGAAAUUGUUCCAAAAGAUAUAAGAGAAGAAGCAGAGAAAUAUGCCAAGGAAUCUUUGAAAGAAGAUGAUGAAUCAGAUGAUGAUAAUAUGUAACAAUGAAUGCUACAAUACUUUUUUUAAAAAAAUGUUUUACAUGUAAACUAUGUAGAAGUAGUGUCCUGUGGAUUAUUAGCCCAGUGACAGAUUACCAAUUUAUUAAAAAUUUAUCUUGUAUCCGCAAGUUCAUUUGUUCUCUACAACAAAAUCUCUACUUUGGAGGGGUUUUAAGGACUUUGUUCAUUUUGUCUCACACUAUUAAUGUGAGGUAGUCUACUUGAAUCUUGGGCAAAUUGACUCACAAGGGUCCAAUUAAAGAUGAAAUAGUUCUGUUUCUUUAGUAGCUUAUUCUUUCCUGUAACUAAAACAACUUUAAAUGAGAGAUUAUGGCAUGAUCAUGUAUUAUCUAAAACCCCUAUCAUACUUAACCCUUUUCUGCCUCUCUCAUGUCAAAGGAGUGAAGAUGGAGUUAAGUCUAGAAGUUUUUCCUCAGCUGCCCUGCCCUUUUCUUGGUCCUAUGGAUAGUUACUAGAUAUAGUAGGAAAUAUUACUAAUAUACUUGUUUUAUAGUUGCUAGUGAAACUCUGAACUCUGUCAAAUUAACACGUGCCAAUUUUGGAAAUUUCAACUUAGUGCAAGAUAGCUAUUUUUUAGCUAGAGUGGACUUUGCUACUGCUGGACUUUGAAUAUUUAUGUAGUUUACAGCAAACUCAAUAAAUACUUAACUAAAUUCAAAUAACCUGGUAGAUUAGCUUCUCUCAAGUAAAGUUUUAAGACCUGGCUCCUACAAUUGGCCUUGUUUGCACAAAAGCAAAAGUUUAGAAUAUGUCUGAGGAUACUUAGGGCCAUUUUAAGACUGACUUAAAGUGGGAUCAUUUCUCCACUUUCUAAUAAAGCGUGAAUAUAAAAA